AUGCAGGGAUCUUAUUCACCAGGUGGGUGGGUGGGUAGGAUAACACUGUGCAGAAGGGUAGGUACUCUAUUAGAAAAAUCUACAGAAGAUUGCAAGGUGACUAUGACAAGGUUGUAUACUGCUGAUAGGAUUCAGAAGUGGGGUAUCUCAUGUUCUGACAACUGUGUGGUGUGCUCAACAGAUAAAGAGACCAUUGAUCACCUUUUCUUUAAGUGCCCUGUAUCUGCUGCAGUGUGGCACAAAGUUUUGCUGGGUAUAGGGGUUGAUAAGGGAAGUUCUGGUUUUACUAAUGAGCUUGAGGUUGUGACAAAGAGAAGCAGGAAGACUGGAGAUAUUUCAAAGCUGUAUGUAAUGUGUUUUAUCGAGGCAGUGUAUCAGCUUUGGCUUAAUAGGAAUGCUAUUGUCUUCGAGCAAUCUGGGAAAACAAUAGAGAGUCUUGCAAAGGAGAUUUUAUUUAGAGUCUCCUGUAGGUGUACAGAUAGCCUUAAGGAGAAAAUAGCCUAUGUGUAA